ACCCACUUCCUUCCCUCAUCGAACAGUCUUACUCCAACUUCUUCAACUUUGCCCGUAAUUUCUCUAAUAACACCAUCCAUAUAAAUAUUGAAUAACCAUGGUGACAUGACGCACCCUUGUCUUAAGCUCACUUUUAUCUCAAAAUGUUCACUUGUUUCUCCAGUAAUUUUGACACAUGCAGAUGCAUCCUCAUAGAAAGACUUUAUUGCACUAAGCAGUUUUCCUCCCACACCAUAAAUCUUUAAAACAUCUCACAAUGCAAUCCAAUCGACUCUGUCAUAAGCUUUUUCCAAAUCCAUGAAGGCAGCGUAUAGUUUCUUCCCUUUUGCUAAUAUUUUUUCUACUACCAUCCUGAAGGCAAAUAUCUGAUCCACAUCCCCUUCCCUUCCUGAACUCCUUCCAAACUCUUCACGCUACAAACUAACCUGAGAACAAGAAACAACAGAAAAUCAAUUCAAGCAAAGCAAUGCAAUACCAACAUCGGCAGGAGUUAUUUCUCGAAUAGAGUUGUUCACCACUGGAACAGCCUUCCUGCAGAAGUGGUUAGCGCAGAGACCAUCAACUCCUUCAAGAAAUGCACUGAUCGCCACUUUGCUGCAUCGGGAGUGAACUGAACGUUCCCAAGAGUAGGUACACAAGCGCUUUAAUCUUUCCCUGCAAGCCACUCCUAUGGCAAACGGAUUGAUUAAAUCACUGAACGCAGGCAGCCUAGUAAUGAGCCAACAGGCUUUCUGCUGCCUGCUAGUCCAUGUUUCCUUGUUCUUCACUGAUUUUCUCUUCUGUAAGUCUUUGCACCCUCUCUAUUAAGACUUUUCCAUAUACCUUUCCGGGAAUACUCAGCAGACUUAUAUCUCUAUAGCUCCCACAUUCCCCUCUCCUGCCUUUCCCCUUGUAAACUGGGACAAUGUUGGCUUUCGUCAAGUCUGCUGACCCCCCCCCCCCCCCCCCCAUGCUACUUCACAUAUCUUGACCAUCCAUUUAACAACUACAUCUCCUCCACACUUCAACAUUUCUGCUGUGAUUCCAUCAGUUCCUGCUGCCUUUCCAUUUUUUAAUCUUUUUAUUGCCUGAUUUACUCCUUCAUAUGUUAUACUUCUUUCUUUAUAUACUCCUCCUCUACCUCUACUCAAAACUGCUGCUGUUACAGCUGCUGGACGUCCACCCUCAAAUUUCAUUAAGUUUUUGAAAUAUUCUCUCCAUCUCUCUUUCACAGCUUCCCCGUCUUUCAACAUCUUUCCAUUCUCAUCCAUAACUUCAUUUAUUUUACCUGAGGAGAUAUUUUCUGCAUUUCUUUCGUUUUUUACUUCUUUCCAAUAUGAUUUCCUGUUCCCUUUAUAUUUUUCACUUAGUCUUUUUCCAGUCUUCAUCAACUCUCUUCUUACUUUCUUUUAUUGCUUGUUUUAGUUUCAUUUUGCAUUCUCUAUAUUUCUUUUUCCUUUCCCUUUUUACUUGUUCAGACACAUUUUUUCUUGAGUUUUCUUAAAAAGUUCCCUUUUCUCCUUUACUAUACUCCUUAUCUCUUCUGUCCACCUUGAAUUUCCUUUUCUUUUUCCAUCUCUCACCACUUUCAUCCCUAACACUUUUUUUGUUGUAGUUACCAUUAUUUCUUUAAAUGUUCCAAAAACUUUUUCAAUAUUUGUAUUAUCUUUUACACUUUCACAUUUUUCACUUAAAGCUUCUGCCAUUUCACAUUUAUACUCAUCUUUUAUUUCUUUUUCCUGUAACUUUUCUAUCUUCAAUAUUUCCUUUUUUACUUCACCUUUCUUUUCAAACACCCACUUUUCUUUCAUCUUUAACUUUGCCAGCACUGCAAGAUGGUCAGAUCCAUUGAACAUUCCUCUUACUACCUUCGCGUCACAAAUUUAUUUUCUAAGCCUUUCAUCUACUGCCACAUAAUCAAUCAAUCCUUUUUGCUCAUUAUCUUCUCCCCUCCUCCAUGUGUAUAGGUGGAUAUUCUUGUGCUGAAAGAAGGUGUUCGCUAGGAACAUUCCCCUCUCAGCACAGACAUCCACCAGGCACUCUCCAUUUUCAUUCUUCCCAGGUAUCCCCCAUUUUCCUACCACAUCCAUCACACAUUCAUCACCCACUUUAGCAUUCAUGUCUCCCAUCAUAAUAAGUUUCCUUUCUUUCUCAAAACUCUUCAAACAUGCAUUCACUUCCUCCCAAAAAGCUUCCCUUUCUCUCAGUCCUUUUUUACUUUUACAUUUACUGGUGCAUAAAUACACACCCAUGCAUACUUUUCUAAACCUACUUUUCCUUUCACCCACACAAUUCUUGAUCCCUUCCAACCAUAAUCAGUCACACCAUUCCACACUCUUUCAGACAUCACAAUAGCACAUCCUUCCUUACUCCUGCCUCUAUACUUCUCAUCUAUCCCCGUCCAUACAACCCCCCCAGGCACACCCUCCCACGUACCCUCUCUACCAUCACUCACACCAGUUCCUCGAAUAUGUGUUUCACUCACUCCCAACACAUCCACUCUACCAUUUACAAAAUUUUCAAUCAUCACUCUCCUCUUUUCCUCACCACCUAAACCAUUCACAUUUAUAGACACCAGUCUCAUACAUUCCUUUCUCUUCUGCCACCCUCUGUAAGUGUAUCCCCACAGCCUAAAUAUUAUCAUCCUCACACAUGACACAGGUCUGUCCAGAAGAGCUUCCACAUUUGAGUUACACUGCGGAUCAAUCCAUCCUGACUUAAUCUAACCUUAUGGACAGACUUAAUGGCCACUGGCACUUUGGACCACUUUCAUUUACCAGCAACACAAUAUUACCUACAGAUAGACUCCUACCCUUUGCAUGCCAUUUUUGUCUUUCCUGCAGUGUAAGCAAAUAUGCGUGUUUCCUCCUCUUCCAAAAUAAAUCAGCUAGAUACUGAAUAUGGCGCCACCUUUUCUUACAAUACAUGUCCUUUGAUGUCAUUUCACCAACAUCAUGAGGUCCGUCUCUCAGUGUAAGGAGAUGGUUAGGCGUUGAGGGCUUUGGAUCAUUACAAUCACCAGAAAUAUUGGACAGGGACGGCUGCUGAUAACCGCUUCCUUCACACAUUAAUGUACUCAGAGCUUCAUCAGUCAGGGCUUGUUCCUUCAUGACUCCAUUCAACACCUUCCUCACAGUCCUAAUCUGCCUUUCCCACACACCGCCAAAGUGAGAUGCAUGAUGUGGAUUAACCUUCCAAUCAAUGUUCUUUAACAAGAGGGUACCACCAUGUAUACAGGACUGGUUCCAAUCAUUCAUGGCUUCGCCUGAUUCCCUUUGGGCCCCCAUAAGGUUAGUGCCUCUGUCACAAUGAAUGUAUCUACCCUGGCCUCUUCCAGCUAUAACCCUUCUGAGAGCAUUAAUGAAUGAAGUUGUGGACAAAGAUUCAGCUAUUUCAGUGUGCACUGCCCUCACUGUAAGGCACGAAAGGAUUACACCAUACCGUUUAACUUCUGAUCUCCCUCUUUUGGUGCAGAAUGGACCAAAUCAAUCUAUACCUGUGGUAGUAAAUGGUGGCUGACCUGAGCACACUCUGACGUCAGGAAGAUCAGACAUUUGUUGCUGUAUCACAGGUGCCUGGUACCUGCAACACUUAUGGCAAUUCUCUAUACACAAAGAGAUACAGUGACAUGCUGCAGCAACACUUGGUGACAAAGGAGGAACACUGAGGCAGGAAGAGGGACAUUUACUUUAUUUUUGUACUGAGGAGUUACUGAUGCCAAAUUCAUUACCAGAGUGAUGCAGGAGAAAUAUUGAGCUGGAAACACAGAACUAUACUUAAUUUUGUACACCCACAAUCCUUACUCAUGGAUGGGUCACAUCUGCCAGUUGUACUAGUUGCAUUCAUUGGCAAACAAGCAGCAGGUCUGUUUGCAGAUGAUACUGUGAGGCUGGCAUCAAACGAGGAGGUGACGGGAAUGUGUGGGUGCAGGACUUGUGGAGCGUGCCGAAGAGGGCUGAGGUGGUGUGGGCAAAGGGUGUGCUGAUCUCUGUAUAUAUUCACACACACACACACACACACACACACACACACACACACAGGAGGAAAUAUACCUGGUGUAGUGUUGCAGAGGCCUGGGCUGCGCUAAUGUUGGUUCGGUGGGUCUCCACUGGUGCAGUUUAGUGCGAUGAGUGAGAAGGAGGUAGAUCAGGGAUGGAUCACGCCAAGAAGCAGAAGAGGAAGAGCAGGAGGAGGAGACAACAACAGCGGGGAGGAAAGUGAGUACGAGGCUGGAGGCACUUCAGCUGAGUUCUCUGGUUUUGCGAGAAAUGAGACGACAUUAUACAAGAGAGUGCUGCUGAUGGAAAGAAAACUGGAUAAAUGGAUCAGCAUGGUAAAGAGAAGGGAUGAGGAAGAAGAGCAGAAUAGAGUAUUCCACAGCGACCUGAGAAAUAGGAUAAAACGACUAGAGCAAAAUGAGAAGAAAUUGAUUAAGGAAAAUGAGGAGCUAAAGGAAAAAGCAGCAAAGUACGAAAGAUCAAUGAAGGAAGGUUUGGGAGUGGUAAGAAAGGAAAAUGAAAACCUGAAGGAACUGGUAAACAAAGAAGAACAAAGAGUUAGAGAAGAGGUGAAGACGUGGAGAGUGGAGAAUGAAAAAGCAAAUGUAAGCCUAAGAGAAGUAAUAGAACAGCAAAUGAAAGAGGAUAAAGAAGACGUGGAGAAAGAGGUUGUCAAGGCCUUAAAGAAAAAUGAAGAAUUAGUGAGAGAAGUAGCAGACAAAAAAAGAAGUGUUAUUAUUUUUGGGAUGAAAGAAAAGAAUAUAACAUAUAAACCAAAAAGGGAUAAAGAGGAACUGAAAUCAGUCAAAGACCUGCUCAAGAACCUAAAUGAUGCAGAAAGGCAGAGUAUCGAGGAGGAAGUAGACGAGAUUUAUAGAAUGGGUCCAUUUAUUGAAGGGAAAACUAGACCAGUUAAGUUAAAACUAAAAUCACAAAUGGCAGCCGAAGACAUACUAUCUAGAACAACUAAACUAAAAAAAACGGAAGGAUGUAAGGAUAUAUAUAUAAAGAAAAAUAGAAAUGAAGAAGAAAGGAUGAAAUAGAAUGAAUUACUGGCAGAGACAAAAGUAAAAAAUAACGCAAGAUCUGAGGAAGAAAAAGAAGCAUUUUUUUGGAGAAUUUCGGGGGAUCGAAUCAAGAAAUGGUUCAUAAGGGAGAAGAGAAAGGGGAGCGAAAACUAGAUAAGAAAGAUACAGAGAGGGGAAUAAGAAUAAUGUACACAAACGUAGAUGGGUUGAUCUCAAGUAAAAUAGAGCUGCAAGAUUAUCUAAGAGAGAGGGAUCCCAUGAUAGUUUGCCUAACUGAAACUAAACUAAAAGAAAACAUCCAAAUUGAGUUAGAUGGAAGAUACAAUGUGUGGAGGAAGGAUAGAAUGGGCAAAGGCAGAGGAGGAGUGGUGAUAAUGAUAAAGAAAGAGUUAUUAGUAAAAUCAAUAGAAUAUGGAGAGGGAAAAACAGAGAUAGUGAGUGUAAGCUUGGAAAACAAGAACAGAGAAAGGAUGACGAUUGCAGUAACAUAUGUACCACCAAAAACUACAUCAUGGAGUAAAGAAGAUUAUGAAAACAUGACUGAUGACACCAUACAGAGUUUGAGGAGAUUACUUAAGGCAAACAAAGGAGUAAUACUAGUUGGCGAUUUCAAUUGCAAAGAGGUUGACUGGGAGAGGUUUGAGAGCAAUGGUAGUGAUGUGGCAUGGGGGAAUAGAUUCUUGAAUUUAAUGAUGGAAAAUUUGAUGAUACAAAGGAAAGCACUAGAUAUAGAAGAGAUGAUGAACCAGCAAGACUGGAUUUGGUGUUGACAAGAGAAAUUCACGUGAAGGAUGAAUUGAGGUAUGAUUGCCCCCUGGGAAAAAGUGAUCACGUGCUCAUAGAGAUGGAAAUGGAGGAGGGAGGAAGGGAACAAGACGAGACUUAUAGAAGCGAUAGAUUAAACUAUAGGAAAGCAGGGGUGGAAAACCUCAAGAAGUUUUUUGGUGAAAUGGAUUGGAAAGAGUUAAUGAGUACAAGCGAAGUUCAAGGAAAAUAUGAUAUUUUCAUGAGGGCGUACAACACAGGUGUUAUGAAGUUCGUACCAAAAUGCAGACCGAGGGAGAGGGCUAAAAAGGACUGGUUUAAUGCAAGAUGUGCAGAGGCAAAAGAAAAGAGACAAAGUGUGGUCAAGAUUAAAAAGAAACAGAAAUCAAAGAAACGGAGAAGACUUGAAGGCAACGAGAAAUGAGUACGUGAAAGUGAGAAAGGAAGAAGAGAAACGAUACGAAAAGGAUAUUGUGGAAAAGUGUAAAGAACAACCUAAACUAUUUUAUAGAUUUAUAAAUGGAAAAAUUAAAUCAAGAGAAACAAUUGAAAGACUGACGGAAGAGAAUGUAGAGAUCGAGGAUCCCAAAGGCAUGGCGGAAUUAUUUAACAAAAAAUUCCAGCAAGCGUUUACCAAAGAAUCAUUAUUUAAUGAACCACAAGAAAACAACUUAGAUGUAUAUAUGGAAGAGGUCAAAAUAGAUAAAGAGGAGAUAAAAAAACUAUUGGGGGAAUAGGAAGAAGGGAAGGCCGUGGGACCGGAUGGAGUUUCAGGUUUUAUACUUAAAGAAUGCAGAAAUGAGCUAGUUGGCCCGAUAUAUGACAUCAUUAGGUGCUCAAUUAAAACGGGCACAGUGCCUAGGGAGUGGAAGAGGGCAGAAGUGGUACCUAUAUACAAAAGUGGAGAAAAGGAAGAACCCCUAAAUUACAGACCGGUGUCUCUGACCAGUGUAGUAUGCAAAAUAUGUGAGAAAUUAAUAAAAGAACAAUGGAUGAGAUUUCAAGAACAUAAUCUAAUCACAAACAAUCAAUAUGGGUUUAGGAAAGGCCGCUCAUGUGUGACAAACUUGCUGAGCUUUUACUCAAGAGUGACGGACAAAUUACAGGAGAGAGACGGAUGGGUGGAUUGCACUUACCUAGACUUAAUGAAGGCAUUUGACAAAGUUCCACAUUCAAGACUGCUGUGGAAACUAGAAAAUAAAGGAGGAUUGAGAGGGAAAAUGGAGUGCUGGAUGGAAAGCUACUUAAGAGGAAGAGAGAUGAGAACCGUGGUUAAGGACACUAGAUUGGAAUGGAGAACGGUGGAAAGUGGAGUGCCCCAGGGGUCGGUUUUAGCACCAGUACUCUUCCUAGUCUAUAUUAAUGAUAUGCCAGAGGGAAUAAACAGCUACAUGAGCCUGUUCGCGGAUGAUGCUAAACUGCAAAGACAUAUUAGAAACAGUGAAGACUGCAAGGAGCUGCAAGAAGACCUAAACAAGAUUUGGAAAUGGAGUCAGAAAUGGGAGAUGAAAUUCAACGUGAAGAAAUGUCAUGUUAUGGAAAUGGGAAAAAGUGUAGAAAGACCAAAAUGGACAUAUAAAAUGGGAGAUUGUGAAAUAUUAAAGAAAGUAAAUGAAGAGAGAGACCUGGGAGUAAUAAUGCAAGAUUAUAUGCAACCAGGAAGUCAUAUAAAUCAGAUCUUUGGUGAUACAUAUAACAUGGUGAGAAAUAUAGGCAUAGCAUUCCACUACAUGGACAAAGAAAUGAUGGAAAAUUAAUAACUACUAUGAUCAGACCUAAACUAGAAUACGCAGAAACAGUGUGGUCUCCAUAUAUGAAGAAACACAUAAUAAAACUAGAAAGAAUACAGAGGAUGGCAACAAAAAUGGUUCCAGAACUGGAGGGACUGACAUAUGAAGAGAGACUAAAGGAAAUGGACUUGCCAACACUAGAACAAAGAAGAGAAAGAGGAGACCUAAUACAAAUAUAUAGGCUAUUGAGUAACAUGGAAGAAGUAGAUAACGAGAAAUUGCUAAGAGAAGAACCUUCCAGCAGGAAUACUAGAGGACAUAGUAAAAAGUUGAGGAAGGGAAGAUGCUCAAGAGACAUAAAGAAAUAUAGCUUCCCACAAAGAAAUAUAGAGGUUUGGAACAGACUAAGUGAAGAAAUAGUAUCGGCGAAGAGUGUGCAAAGUUUCAAGGAAAAGUUGGAUAAUUAUAGAUACGGAGACGGGACCACACGAGCGUAAGCCCAGGCCCUGUAAAAUUACAAGUAGAUAAAUACAACUAGGUAAAUACACUGGUAACAUUUCUGUGGCUUAUGAUUCACACAAAGGAGGGAGUUUCCAGCUUAACAGACACUCACAACAGCUCUGGCCCCAGUCAAAGUGAACGUAAUAAUGCAAGUUAUGCCUCCAUGAAACAUAGGGAAAUGGAUAAACAUGAGAGCUCACAAAGUCAGAAGUGACAUCACCUGUUUUUUGUAAUAAAAAUAUACAUAUAUAAGGAGUCUGAUACCCACUAAAUGGCCGGGUUGCUGCCAGACCAAGGAGGCUAUAUUAGAGUCUCCUUGUGCCAGACGCACGAACACACCACGUGACUCAGCGCGGGGACUUGGAAUGUGAAAUGCUGAUGUGAAGAACAUGCCGGCACACACAUGUGCUCCUGCCGACUUUGUCUUAUUCAUGGAAGAAACUAUAGACAGACAGCCAUGUAUGAACAGGCUGAAGGGCAGGGCAACACUUCCACCCCAGAAGACACAGCCAAGGAGACAACAAUCAUGGGAAACAAAUGUAAAAAGAAGUGUGGGAUGGAGAGGAACAAAACCUUCCCGUGUCUGGCCCAAACAUUUCAAGUAAUGGCCCUUGCCAGGCACACCCAGACCCAGAACACUUUGCCAACAGUGCCUGGGGAGGAGCUCCACACCUAGCAUGGUGUCAGGCAAACCAGGCCACCAGCCCCUGGUGUGGGUGCAAGUAACACACACACACACACACACACACACACAAACAAAUGUAAAACAAUAUAAUUACAGAAAAAAAAGUAUGGCUUUAGACAAGGGCGUUCAUGUGUAACUAACUUAUUGAGCUUUUACUCGAGAGUGACGGACAUAACACAGGAGAGGGACGGGUGGGUAGGUUGCAUGUAUUUGGACUUGAAGAAGGUUUUCAACAAAAAUCCACAUGCAAGACUAUUAUGGAAGCUGGAAAAUAGAGGAGGACUGAAAGGGAAAAUGAAAAACUGGUUGUAAAGUUACUUAAAGGGAAGAGAAAUGAGAACAGUGGUAAAGGACAUGAAAUCGGAACGGAGAAAUGUAGAUAGUGAAGUGCCCCAUGGAUCAGUACUGUCACCAAUACUUUUCCUAGUAUAUAUAAAUGACAUGCCGAAGAAAGUAAAGAGUUACAUGAGCUUGUUUGCAGACGAUGCAAAACUGCUGAGACACAUAAGAAAUAGUAAAGACUGAAAUUCUGCAAGAGGACGUGAAUAAGAUUUGGGACUGGAGUAAGAAAUGGGAGACGAAAUUCAAUGUGAAGAAAUGUCAUGUAAUGGAAAUGGGAAAGAGUGAAGGGAGACCAAAAUGGACAUGUAGAAUGGGAGAUGGAGAAAUAUUAAAAGUUCAAGAAGAGAGAUCUGGGAGUGAUAAUACAAAAUAAUCAACAGUCAGAGAGUCAUGUAAAUAUGAUAUUCUGAGAUAUGUAUAGAAUGGUGAGAUAUAUAGGAAUAGCAUUCCACUACAUGGAUAAAGAUAUGAUGAAAAAGAUGAUUACCACUAUGAUUAGACCAAAGUUGGAAUAUGCAGAAACUGUGUGGUCUCCGCAUGAGAAGAAACACGAGAAAAAAAUAGAAAGAAUACAAAGGAUGGCAACAAAGAUGGUUCCAGAACUGGAGGGAUUGUCAUAUGAAGAAAGGUUAAAGGAAAUGGACCUGCCAACACUGGAACAAAGAAGAGAAAGGGGAGACCUAAUACUAAUUUACAAAUUGUGGAAUAAAAUGGAAGAAGCAGAUAAUGUGGAGUUGCUACGAAGAGAAGGAAGAAACACCAGCAACACACGAGGACACAGUAAUAAAUUGAGAAAAGGAAGAUGCUUGAGACGUAAAAAAAUACAGCUUCCUGCAAAGAAACAUAGAGGUUUGGAACAGACUAAGUGAGGAUGUAGUAUCAGCAAAGAUUGUGCACAACUUUAAGGAAAAGCUGGACAAAUACAGAUAUGGAGACAGGACCACACGAGCAUAAGCCCAGGCCUUGUAAAAUUACAAGUAGGUAAACACACACACACACACACACACACACACACACACACACACACACACACACUUUCUUCUUGAAUUUUCAAAAUUGCAGACACUCUGCAACCUGCCUUUGAUUCCCUAUCGGGGCCCUGUGUUCUGUUCUCCAUGCAAGACAAGGCCCCAUCCAGCACCUGCUCUCUCCCACACACAGCAGCACAACACAACACCUCAGAGGUGAAUCUUCACGUGUCUCGCAAUCUCACCUCUUGUCAUAAAUCGCUUGCCACAAGCAUCACACUGGAACCCUUUGUGGCCACAGUGUCUUAUGCCAUGUCUCUUCAGCCAUGACUUCACAAGGAAUCUUUUCCCACAAACUUCACACUCAUGGUUUUUUUCACCAGUGUGUGUAAGGGUGUGUGUCUGGAGGCUACCCUUAUGAGUGAAUCUUUUCCCACAAACUUCACAUUUAUGGUUCCUUUCACCAGUGUGUGUAAGGGUGUGUGUCUGGAGGCUAUCCAUCCGAUUAAAUCUUUUCCCACAAACUUCACAUUUAUGGUUCCUUUCACCAGUGUGUGUAAGGGUGUGUGUCUGGAGGUGACCCUUCUGAGUGAAGCUUUUCCCACAAACUUCACAUUUAUGGUUCCUUUCACCAGUGUGUGUAAGGGUGUGUUUCUUGAGGUCACCUUUCAGAGUGAAGCUUUUCCCACAAACUUCACAUUUAUGGUUCCUUUCACCAGUGUGUGUAAGGGUGUGUUUCUUGAGGUCACCUUUCAGAGUGAAGCUUUUCCCACAAACUUCACAGUUAUGGUUUCUUUCACCAGUGUGUGUAAGGGUGUGUGUCUGGAGGCUAUCCUUCCGAUUAAAUCUUUUCCCACAAACUUCACAUUUAUGGUUCCUUUCACCAGUGUGUGUAAGGAUGUGUUUCUUGAGGUCACCUUUCAGAGUGAAUCUUUUCCCACAAACUUCACAUUUAUGGUUCCUUUCACCAGUGUGUGUAAGGGUGUGUGUCUUGAGGUUACCCUUCAGAGUGAAUCUUUUCCCACAAACUUCACAUUUAUGUUUUCUUUCACCAGUGUGUGUAAGGGUGUGUCUCUUGAGGUCACCCUUCAGAUGGAAACUUUUCCCACAAACUUCACAUCCAUGUUUUUUUCCUCCAGUGUGUGUAAG